AUGGCCGCAGCCAAGCUGGGAAACCCGAACCAGUAUGCAGUCCUGGACGGCUUCCAGCAGAGCGAACUCAUCAACACCGUCCCGAACGGCAAAGCUUAUCGAGUGGUGCUGCCGCACAACAGCACGGCCGAGAGGAGCAAUGUCACGUUGGUCCACCUGUGGGGCACGCCCUACCAGAUGGGUUACGCUCAGGGUCAGCUCGUGAAGGAGCAGGUCCUCCAGGUGGCGAAGCUCAUCUGGGCCUACAUGGAAAUCCAAGUGGCCCAGUCUCUGCCCGGAUACCUGCCCACGUGGCUCGCCGACUUGAUCGCUGAUGUCGGUCUGUCUGCGGCUUUGGACGUGACCUACGAGCUGUCGUACGAGUGGAGCGGCUCCUAUUUCUACGAGGAGCUGCACGGUAUCGCCGAUGCCAGCGGUGCCGAUUUCUCGACUUUGAUGCGGAUUCACAUGCUUGCCGGCCUCACCCAGGGAGAUUGCAGCAUGUUUGGUGCCUGGGGAGAGGCCCUUGCGCCCGGUGGCACCUCCCUGCUUCAGCUCCGCGCCCUCGACUGGGACAUGGAGGGCCCAUUCAGGGACUACUCGCAGAUCACGGUUUACCACCCCAGCGAGGGCAACGGCCACGGUUUCGUCAAUGUGGGCUACACGGCCUUCAUCGGUGGCCUCACCGGCAUGUCGGCCACCAAGCUGGGCAUCUCCGAGAUCGGCGCCGCGUUUGCCGACGCCAGCUUCGGCGAGAUGAGCCGCAUGGGUGUGCCGUUCGUGUUCCUCCUCCGGGACAUCUUGCAGUUUGACUACACGAUCGACGAUGCCAUCAACCGCAUGAUCAACUCGCGCCGCACGUGCGACCUCAUGCUCGGCGUCGGCGACGGCAAGCUGAACGAGUUCCGUGGCUUCCAGUACUCCUACUCGGUGCUCAACAUCUUCAACGACCUCAACCUGAAGCCCGACAACUCGACCUGGCAUCCAAAGAUCAAGGAUAUCGUCUACUGGGGCAUGGACUGGAUCUGCCCAGCCUACAACCGCCUGCUCAGCGAGCUGCUCAUUCAGCACCACGGCAAGAUCACUGCCGAGGUCGGCAUCCACUACAUCUCCGCCAUGGAGCAGUCGGGCUCCAAUCACAUCGCCUUCUACGAUCUGCCCAACAUGAAGAUGUAUGUGUCAUUCGCCUCGCCCUUCGGUGUUGCUGGCCCGGCCCCGGCCUACGCCAGGCAAUACACGGCCUGGGACGUCAACCGCCUCCUCGCCGAAACGCAGUAA